GUUGGAAGAAAAAAAGACGCGGUGCUGAUUGGUCCGGUGUCACGUGACAGACUGAGUGUAUUUAACAUCGGUGGCGCGAGACCCAAAGCGACGGAGAACUGUAGCAGGAGUUUGUGGGGAGUUGAUGUGCUGAAUACACAUUUUAAAGGAAAAUGACUUCAAGUGGAAAACUACAAAAGAACUACCAGAAGUCAAAUGAGAAUAUAAAGACUUUCUUCCCACCAUCUCAGAAGACUAUGGACUCCAACAGAAAGAGCCUGCAGGUCCUCCAACCCUCAGCAGCUAACACAGACUUGAGGGCCGCUCAGGCCGGGAAGGUGAUUCCUAAGCGCAAACAAUGGCUGGCUGAACAAACGAAGGGUCCCAAAAGAGUGAAGGUAGAGGUCAAAUCCACCCAAACAGAAAAUGAUUGUUCACCACCCGAUGGUGUUUCCAGUGAAGCCUAUGAACUCAUGAUCAAAGAAACGCCUCCUGCCUCUUAUUGGAAAGAGAUUGCAGAGGAGCGCAGAAAAGCCUUGUUCAGUGUUCUCCAGGAGAAUGAGAAGUUACACAAAGACAUUGAGGCGAGAGAUGAACAAAUCAAAAAACUUCAGAGUGAAAAUGAAGACUUGCAGGAGCUCGCACAGCAUGUUCAGUACAUGGCUGAUAUGAUUGAGAGGCUGACUGGGAAGAGUCCUGAUAACCUGGAUGAACUGAAGGGCAUCACUCUGGACGUGGCUGAUGGUAACGAGAACGCAGAGAAUGAAGCGGAAGAUCACGGUGAACAAGAUGAGAGUGAUCAAGAUUUAAGCGGUGGUGAAGACUAUGAUGAAGCGUCUGAUUUGGAAGGACCUUAACUGGAUUAAAACUUUUUCCAGACUUUUUUUUUUUAUCUUUUUUUUUCUUCCCCUCAACGAAGGAUCAGAGUGCAUAGGACUGUCAAUUUGCCAUACUCUUUUUAAAAUCUCUUUAAAUAAAACUAUUAAAUCUCAGCUGUCUGUUGACAAACGUACAGUUGGAAAUAUCUCUAUUUGUUUGAUGCUUUGAGAUGACGUAGUUCUUAUCUGCUUUUACUUUUUUUUUUUUAAAUUAUAAUGGCAGAUAUGUAUCAUUUGGACAGCUGUGAACUCUAAAAACUCUGCUGCUCAGAUGGUGUUAAAAGUAAUUUGCAGGUUUAUAUAUUUUUCACCCCAGUGUUUAAUUCCAGUAUUGCAGCACUGUCUCUUUCUACACUUUAGUGUAUUUUUCUUGUACAUAAAUGUAGUUGACUGUGCAAUAAAUCUCAUCCGAUACUA